AUUUCUGUUGAAAAAAUUAUAAUAUACGAAUUUCCCUAUUUCUCAGCAAGAAAUUCGCUACUUAUAUAAUAUUCAUGCGAGUUGCUUCAAUCCAUCGUUAUCCUCAUUGUACUUUGUCAAAUAUUUUAAAACUCCCAUGCUGCGUUUGUAAUGGUGCAUAACCUCCUCCAAAUCGUUCAGUUCCCAUAUCUUAAAUUUUCUUGACGUUUGCUUAAAGAAAUAUCAACACCAGAACUUCCUGCAGUUAAGUCGAAAAAGAUCGAAGAAUUAGAAAUGUAUCGAAAACUCGUUUCGCAUCUGCUGAUUUGGGCUUUCUUUCUUUUGGAGCAAGGUUCUGAUGGAUUCUUUGUAAAGCAUCUCCUCACUGGAAUGUGUGUAAACGACACAGCCAAAAUACAGUCUUAUGAUCGUCAAUGGGGAAGUCUUUCCUUUGUAGAGCUUUCUGACAACUGCUUUGAUCCAGCUGCACAGUUCAGAUUCCUAAAUACCAGCGCUAUAAUAAACAUCAAAAGACAGGGUUGUUUAGCUGGAUUUAAUAGACCGUUCAACGGCCACAAUCUUAGUAUGUUUUAUCUAUACAUUGAUGCGUUCAGUCCUUAUAGAGACGCUUGCACUGCAAGUAAAGCAAUAACACCAACAUCUUGGGGUGGUUUGUCAACAAGAGUUGAAACGGUUCCUACUCCUUUGUGUGCAGUCAACGCUUCAUUCCCUGGACUCAGAAGCCAAGGUGUUGAUCCGUAUUUGAAUUUGACACAAGAUUGUUCCGAUGCUGCAGACAAGAGAUUUCAUUUUGGUUCAGUCACGUGUUUUGGACAGAAUAUAACAAACGCCAACUGUCCCAAAGGUCAAUACAUGAUUAUAAAAACUGCGUCGUACCGUGGACUGAGUGAAGGGAAAAAUUGUGGUUCACAUUAUAAAAACUUUAGCUGUAGUGUUGAUGUUACAUGUUAUCUAAAAAGACAUUGUGAUGGUCGACGAGAGUGCAAUGUAACUGUUGAUGACGGUCUUUUUCUCCCUUCCAAUGUUUGUCCUGGUUUGAGCAAGUAUCUUUACUUUGAAUAUCAAUGUAGCAAUAACAUGACGUCAUUCAACGAGUCCUGCCACAUCACCAGCGGAUUUUUCAUUAAACAUCUUCAAUCUGGAAAGUGCAUUCGCAACACAGGGUUGAUGGCGUCGACAAUAUUUAAACAAAGAGGUUUUUAUUAUUUGGAACUUUCUGAUAACUGUCUUGAUCCAGCGGCUCAAUUCACCUACUUAGAUAAUGGUAACAUAAUGAAACUAAAUGUACCGGGUUGCCUUCGACCAAACCAGAUAUUUGGACCUGGUUAUGGCCUUCAUAUGCUGUACAUCCACUUCAGUGAAAGUGGAAGUAUUAAUCAAAUAGUCUGCUCCACAUCUAUAACCCAAACAUCAUGGGGAGGUCUGACAAUGAAGUACGAUCAACACAGCUAUGAAGACAGAUGUUUGGUGAAUGGUUCAUUUUCACCUUUGAGAGACCGUCAAGGAGUUGACGCUUACAUAAGGGUAACCAACUGUGAUGAAAGAUUAAAUAAAACAUUUCAUUUUGGCUCGCUUACAUGUUCUGGACAUAGGAUUUUGAACGUCAGCUGCUCCAAUAACCAAUACAUGAAAAUAAAGACUGCAUCAUAUCGUGGAUUGACUAAAGGAAAUAUCUGUGGUUCAAGUUACAACUACAGCUGUAGUGUUGAUGUAACAUGUGAUCUUAAAGGACACUGUGAUGGCCAACACAAGUGUAAAGUACUUGUAAAUGAUAACCUUUUCUCUUCCAAUAUUUGCCCUCAACUUAACAAAUAUCUUUACUUUGAGUAUGAAUGUACAAACGAUCGGAGGUCACUUAAAGAAGAUAGCUGCAGUCAUAUUUGCGAUCUGCCAAUAUUAAAUGAUAGGAGAAAGUUUCCAGACUACUUGUUCACGGCCUCAGCCGCUUUAAAGGAUCACAGUGCUGACGCAGCUAGAAUAUCCAGUGGUAGUUCAUGGUGUCCUCCUAAUGCAAAUGGCAAUCAUUAUCUUCAGCUUAAUUUCCAAAGACAUUAUGAGAUCGAAACCCUUACAAUCUUUGGGGACAGUUCAAGCCCAAAAUGGGUGUACGAGUAUCACUUGAACGUCAGCAAUGAUCUUGUAAACUGGGUAUCCGUUCUGAAUGAAAACUUAGAAAAGGCGUUUCAAGGAAAUAAAAAUGCCUUUACAGACGCCGCCAUAAAGAAUUUCUCUCGCCGUAUUAGAACGAGAGGAUUGCGAAUCAUCCCGACGAAAUACGUUGGUCAACCAUGUUUACGGAUAGAAGUUUGUGGAAGAGCCGCAGUAGCAAGAAUUGCUUCGUUUAACAUUAGUACAAAGUUUCGAAGCUCAUCAACUUUAACUUUUACUUGGGAACCACCCAAAACCAAAGGACAACAUGGCGUGAAUUUUAACUACACGACAUGCCUCUCAAGAACAGAAAGUGGUGUUUGCUUUUUGAAAUUCAAAACCAUGAAUAGAGAAUGGGGAGCGCAUCAACUGAACGCUUCAACAAAGUACUUUAUACAAAUUCUCGCCAAUGGUGCCAUGGGGGAAGACUUUCGCAGCGAAAGUUUAGGAUUUUAUACAAAUGGAAAACCAUUAACAAACUCCGUAGAAGCCACAAAAAGAACAUUGAUCUACGAGCUUUCAUUUCCAAAGACACAAUUUCAGUAUUUCUAUGUGGUUGCUUUUAAGAUAGAAAAUGGACAACAACUAUUGUCAUCUGAACAAUACAAAACAAAAGAUCUUUUGACGUACGAAGAAGCAAUGACAUCGAAAGAUUCAAAACCUUACAUUGCUGCUGUAAUAAUAAACGAUACCCAAAGAAACGAAAAGCAAUUUACUCUUGGUGAUGGUCGAUACACAAAUGAACCAAUAAAAGUGUCAAAUAAGUCACGAAGUUUUUAUAAUGGACCGUUGGAGCCUGGAACAAGCUAUAGAGUUUUUCAAAGAGUCAUUGUUGACAAUGAAGACCAAUAUUCUACAGAAUGGAGUGACACCUCUGAAACUAGUCGACCUAAAGGAAGACCAACUGUACUAACGAACAUGACAAGCAAUAAUGUUGAAGCAAAAAAAGGUGAAACGGUCAUCUUAGCAUGUUCUGCGCAAGGCGAACGCCCACUAACUUUCUCCUGGACAAAAAACAACAAAUCAAUACAAAGUUACGUUGAUAAUCACGCUCACUUUCCAGUUUCAUUCACUAUCGUGCAUGUCAAGGAUGAAGAUGAUUUCGGCGAAUACGUUUGUCAUGCACAAACUAAAUUUGCAAGCACUAACUACUCAAUUGAAAUAAUUCAAGAGGCAAAACCAGCCGCAGUACCAAGAAUUGCUUCGUUCAACAUCAGUACAAAAUUUCGAAGCUCAUCAACUUUAACUUUUACUUGGGAACCACCUAAAACUAAAGGACAACAUGGCGUGAAUUUUAGCUACACGACAUGCCUCUCAAGAACAGAAAGUGGUGUUUGCUUUUUGAAAUUCAAAAGCAUGAAUAGAGAAUGGACAGCGCAACAACUGAACCCUUCAACAAAGUAUUUUAUCCAAAUUAUCGCCAGUGGCACGAUGGGCGAAAGCUUUCGUAGUGAAAGUGUAGGAUUUUAUACAAAUGGAAAACCAUCAAGAAACUCCAUAGGAGCUACAGAAAGAACAUUGACAUAUGAGCUCUCAUUUCCAAAGACACAAUUUCAGUACUUUUUCUUUGUUGCUCUUAAGAAGAAAAAUGGGAAACAACCAUUGUCAUCUGAACAAUACGAAAUAAAAGAUCUUUUGACGUACGAAGAAGCAGUGGUAUCGAAAGAUUCAAAACCUUACAUUGCUGCUGUAAUAAUGAACGAUACCCAAAGAAACGAAAAGCAAUUUACUCUUGGCGAUGGUCGAUACACAAAUGAACCAAUGAAAGUUUCAGAUAAGUCACGACGUUUCCAUAAUGGACCGUUGGAGUCUGGAGCGAGUUAUAUAAUUUUCCAAAGAGUCAUUGUUGACAAUGAAGAUCAAUAUUCUACAGAAUGGAGUGACGCCUCAGAAACUAGUCGACCUACAGGUACAACAGAAAAACCAAGUAAGGCAAAGAACACGACAAACAGUAAUGUUACAACCGAAAAAGGAGAAAAGGUCAAAUUACUAUGUUCUGCGCAAGAUGAAGGCCCACUAACUUUCUCCUGGACAAAGAACAACAAAUCAAUACAAAGUUACGUUGAUAAUCACGCUCACUUUCCAGUUUCAUUCAUUAUCGUGCAUGUCAAGGAUGAAGAUGAUUUCGGCGAAUACAUUUGUCAUAUACAAAGCAAAUUUGCAAGCACUAACCAUUCAAUUGAAAUAAUCCAAGAAGCGAAACAAGAUGAGCCCAUCAAAAAUGACGGAAAAUUUCUGGCAUUGUUGAUCGUCUUCGUUAUUUGGUUCGUGUUUUCAUUGGUAGUGAUCUUUUAUAUGAUGCGUUAUCGUCGUAGAAGCUUUUCAAUUGAAGGCAAAGGGGGCGGCGUACGUGGGAAAGGUUUCGGCGUACAGCGUUUCCAUAACAACACGUAAUUUACAAGUCAUUUAAACUUUUGCCAAAAGUAACCGCGUAACUGCAACUUAACAAUUAUUACAGUAACUAUUUAUCGUAAGUCCAAAACAAUGAUCAGAAUCUAAUUCCGUACAGGUUUAAGUUUUAACUAACAUGUAAAGAUGAGGAAAGGACGCCAUCUUGAAAGGUAGAAAAAAGCUAAGCUCUCAGUGAACAAUAAUUUACAAGAAAGCUUAAAAAACCAAACAUUUCAACAACCAAAGUUUAUAUCAACGUAGAGGAAGCACAUUGUAGUCGUUAAUAUUAUCAGUUUUCACCUUUCGAGAUGGCGGCUUGCCUCACUCGUAACUAUGAAAUUUGGCGGAGGGAAGUAUUUAGUAAAUUGGGUUCUAUAGGUAAUAAUUCUAAAGACGACGUUAUUAUUAUUCUUUAACGUAUACAACCAUAAUCUUGAAUAAAGCCCCGUCCACACGUAUACGGAUAUUUUCGUAUCCGCAACAAAAAAGUUGUCAAUAAGCCUUUCGUCCACACGCAUCCGAAUAUUUGAGCGGGUUAUCCCGAAAAUUUUGAAUCUGCUCUCUAGGGUGAAAAUUUUCUUAUCUGCAAACAAUUUGGAUGCGUGUGGACGGUAAACUCGGAUAUUUUUGACCAAGAUUACGUAGCAACUAUUAUAGCGCGUUUAAAAUGUCGUCGAAUUUGUUUCAGAUCCAUUCCAAUGAGAUCUUUCAGUAAGAGUUAAACCUCACCAUCAGUCCUAACGAAGGAGUCCGUCUUGCUCCUCUCAUUAUAUUUCGAUUUCUGCCCCAAUUAUGACAUAUAUAUCCAAACAAAGCCGAAAAGAGUUUGCACACACCGACCGAAUUCAAAAUUGCUAACCAAUUUACCGCCAAUUUGCAACAAUUCCAAAAUAUGCGAGGGAAACGAACAACGCGAAGUCUUGGUAACUAUAGUAAAUCCGGAUAAUAUCAAGCUACGUGUAGACGCAAAAACAUUUUAAUGCGCAACCUGAUCCGCAGCAAAAAGUUUACGGAUAGCAAUACAUCCGGAUACGUGUGGACGGGGCCUAACUAUAUAACAUAAAUAAAGACUUCAUUUCAUGUUUUUUUUUAAUAAUACGACGUAUAUGUAACACGAAUAAACUAAAUUUGUAUUUGGUAAA